AUGGCAGGAGUCGGCCGAACAAAAAAGCACAACCUAAAAGCUGAGAAUGAUGUUGUAUUUGAGGAAGUACUGAAGACUAUAGUUUGGGAGACACUCUCUCAGAUGGCUCUGAAGAACCGUUCCAAAGAGAUGGAGGAAGAAGAAUUCAAAAUCCUUUUCCUGGAGGAACCUGAAGAAGGUACACCUCAGGAUACUUCUCCAGACGGGUCAGGAGGGCUGCGGGGGGAUGAAGGGACCCAGCAGACACUGAGGCUUAUCCUGGUGGGAAAAUCUGGGAGCGGGAAAAGCGCCACAGGAAACAGCAUCCUCGGGAGGAGAGUGUUCGAGUGCAAGCUCAGUGCUAGCCCGGUGACCCAGGCCUUCCAGCACGGGCGCCUCACGUGGGCGGGGAGGGAGCUGCAGGUCAUUGACACCCCCGACAUCCUGUCCCGCUGGGAGGCGCUGCAGGGGACCGCUCAGGGCGUAGGCGAGGCCUGCGCCCGCUCUCAGCCGGGGCCACAGGCGGUGCUCCUGGUGACCCAGCUCAGCCGCUUCACCGAGGAGGACCAGCGGGUGGCCAGGCGCCUCGAGGAGGUGUUCGGGGCCGGCGUCCUGGCCCACACCGUCCUGAUGUUCACGCGGAACGAGGACCUGGACGGCGGCUCGCUGGGGACGUACCUGCGGGAGACCGACAACCGGGCGCUGGCCGAGCUGGCCGAGCUGGACGAGCUGGACGUGGUCUGCUCAAGGCGACACUGCGGCUUCAACAACAAGGGGGAUGGAGCCGAGCAGGAGGCCCAGCUGAGGGAGCUCAUGCGGCACGUCGAAAGGGUUCUGUGGGAGCACGAGGGCCGCGCCUACAGCCCUCCGGCUGCCCCCCAGGCCCGCGCCGCGCCGUGUGAGAGCUGGGGCCUCUGGCGGCUGGGCGCCCACGAGGGGCACGGGGACCAGGCCUGGCUGCGGGGCCUGCGCCGCAUCCUGAAGGAGCCCGAGCAAGCUAGACGCCAGUUCCCACUCAGUGCGCCCAUCUGA